AAAGCAGUAAAAAAGUGCAUAUUAAGGGAGCAGAUUUGAAAUAAUAUUUAUACUUAACAAGAAAUAAUUAAAGGUUCAAUGGGGAGACCUAAAGAUUUACGCAUAUGGGAGCACUACCGUACUUUACCAAACAAGUCUGUUUCUUGCAAGCUUUGUAAUAAGGUCUACAAAUUCAGUAAUGCUGCCAAAAUGCUUCAACAUCUUAUCACUUGUCCAAAAUCUCCAGAAACAUUAAAAGACUCUAUGAAACUUAUAAAAGAUAGCUCGUCCAAAACCAAAAUGUCUGGACUGUCAGAGAUAGAGACAAAUGAUUCUUUUAUAAGCCCCUCGUCGUCUGCUAACACUACAAUAAAUGCUGAGUUUCAAGACACCGAUGAUCAUAUAAAAACAGAAUUAGCGAGAGCUAUAUUUGUAACAGGGACGCCACUAUCGAUGGUGCAACAUCCUUUAUGGAUACAAUUUUUCGAAAAAUUGCAACCAAAAUUUAAAAUACCUUCACGUAAAGCUUUAGCGACAAAAUACUUAGAUAAAAUAUAUAGAGAAAUGCGUUUUGAGUUAAAUGAGGAACUAAAUGCUUGUAGUUACUUACACCUUCAGUGCGAUGGCUGGUCUAAUUUAAGAAAUGAAGGAAUAAUAAACUUUCUUAUAUCAAAACCUCAACCUGCAUACGUUAAAAGUUUGAAUACAGAAAGUAAUCCUCACACUAGUGAAUACCUUAGCCAAGAAGUUGAAAAAGUAAUGAAAGUAUAUGGAGCAAAUAAGUUUCUUGUACUUAUUGGCGAUAACGCUAGAAAUAUACAAAAGGCAUUCGAAUUAACAAAACUCAAAUAUCCACAUGUUGUUCCUCUCGGUUGCUGUGCACAUAUCCUUAACUUGUUGUGCCAAGAUAUUGUAAAGAUACAAGAAGUAACUGUGUUUAUUAUGCAAGCCAUAAAUAUAAUAAAAACUGUUAAAAGGAGUCAACGAUUAAGUUCCUUGUUGAUAAAAUCAAGGCAGGGUGAAGAUUCUACACAAACACUAAAAUUGCCUUGUGCUACAAGAUGGGGAAGUCAUGUUACUUCGUUAAAAAGUUUGAAAGCAAAUAAGAUAGCUUUGCAAAUAUUAACAGUUAAAGAAGAUGUGGUAAUUUCAAGAGAUAUUAAAGAUUUAAUUCUAAGUGAUGAUUUCUGGACGAAGACAGGGGAAUGUAUAAGUAUUUUGGAACCAGUCACUGAAAGCAUAUUUUACUUAGAGAGCGACCAGAAUCGUUUGCAUCGCACAUACAUUACAUUUAGAGAUGUACAAGCUAAGAUACGUUUUGCAUUAAAUGAGAUUUCGACAUUGAGCGAAGAAAGCAAACAGCAGAUUCUAACAUCAGUAUCUUCAAGAUGCAAUAUGGCAAUGAGGCCAAUACAUUUUGCAGCAUAUAUUCUAGACCCCAGGACUCUAGGAGUCGAACUUACUCAAGAGGAAGAACUUAAGGGUAUGGAGUUUAUCUACAAUUUAAGCCAACACUUAAGUUUGUCAAAUGUAAUGGCAGAUUUGGCGUGUUAUAAAGCUAAAGAAAACUUUUGGGCCAGAGGAUUUGUAUGGAGCUCAUUAGAUAGCAUUGAGCCCCUAAUAUGGUGGAAAGGUAUUUGUGGUUCCACUGAGUUAAGCAAAGUAGCGAUUCGUAUUCUAUCAGCUCCCUGUACUUCGGCAGCCACUGAGCGUUCCUUUAGUAUCCAAGGCUACAUACAUAAUAACAAAAGAAAUCGACUUACAACUGAAAGAACUGAAAAAAUUUCAUUCAUUUGUUAUAACUGGAAUCUUAAACAUAAAGCUGAAUGCGAGGACAUUCAGUUUAAUGAAGAAAAUACCUUAGAAGCUUUCAUUGAGCAAGUAAAUGAACAUAACAGUUUAGACGAAAUAGAGCCUAUCGAACCUAUACAAUUCAUCGCUUGUAAUAACUCUGAAUCUGACAGUGAUUGACUGUAGUUUUACAUUUUACUUUCAUCUCUUUCUUAAUAAACUCAAAAUCAAAUUAAAAGUUUUUUAUUCUGUAGGCUGCAUAAUAAUAUUGUCUAUGUCCAGUAUAGUGGACGUCUUGCGGCUGAGAUGACGAUGAUGAAGUACAAAAUCAUAAACACCCAAAAAUUUGGGUCUUUAUGGGGUUUAAACCCAAUAAACCCAAAACACCCGGUUUUUACCCACCAGACUUUAAACCCACCCAGGUGGAUUGCCCAUCUCUACAU